GUGCAGAGCUGCGGCGCCUUAUUAGUAGGCAGCGGUCACGACAGUGGCUAAUUUAAAAUCUCUGUCCAGUGCCGGGCCCGUUUUCUUCAGGAAUCCUUGUUGCGGGACAGAGACCGAGACUUCGGCAGACACACCACCGUUAAGCCGGGCAGUCGCCUCCCGCCGCUUCACUCCGCCGAAAUAAGCCACUGCCCUUCACAUCCCCACCGUGCCGGCGCAAGCCGCGGACCGGACGGAGACCUCUCCACAGCCCCGAGAUGCUCAAGCGAAAAACACGUGCGACUCCUCGGCAUCUGGGACUAAAAAACUAUUAAUCGCGCCAAGGCUUUCGGCCCUAAUGAGCUGGGGGGCAUUCAACCCGGGAAACCGCUCAGGAAAGACCCCAGCUUCGGUGAGGCCUAGUCUCCCCGGAGGCCGGCAGGAGGGCCUAGCCGUGGUCGCGACCCACGUCGCUCUGUGCCCUGAGCCAGGUCACCGCCCGAAGACAGUGGGCAGAGAAAUGAAAAAGGUGGGUACUCCCAGAGCCUUCCGUAUCGAGGACCCCAAUCAACAACCCACCUGGUGAGCGCCAUCUUCUUCCGCUUCUUCCAACGCGAGCGACAGCACCGCAGGGCGGGUCUUUCCCCUUGACGAGGAAGGGAAAGGAACAAGCACGCGAUACGCAGGCGCCUCUGUCGAAAGGCCUUCUGGGAUUUGUAGUUCUUUGAACAAGAGUACGAUUUGGUUCCAUCCUAACCAGACCGACUGGUUAUUCAUGAGAUAGGGGCUUCGUUUAAGAAAGGCAGAUGGAUCGCUCGAACACUGUGACAUGACAGGUCGUUCCCUAGGCAAAAUAACGAAGGGUGUGCAUCCAGCAAGAGAAUUGGCAGGUCUGGCUGUGACUGGUGGAAAGAUCUACUGAAAGUGAAGGACUUGAGCCUAUCCUUGCUCACAGACAGGAGUCCAUUCCUACCAGGGGUCUGAGAGACAUGGCAGAGGUUGUGCGAAGGCUUGAGGAUGGAAGAGACCGCCCUUGUGAAAUUCAAGGUCAAGUUCAACCUACAGUGAAGAACUCUGCUCCAAACCGGUCUGGGGACAUGGCCCGAAGGGCUCUCAAGCUUGCUUCGUGGACCGGCAUGGCUCUCGGAGCCUCUGGCUUCUACCUCUACAGCAACAAGUACUUGGAUCCUAAUGACUUUGGUGCUGUCAGGGUGGGCAGAGCAGUUGCAACGACAGCUGUCAUCAGUUACGACUAUCUCACCUCCCUGAGGAGUGUCCCCUAUGGCUCAGAGGAGUACUUGCAGCUUCGAUCCAAGGUGCACCUCCGUUCCGCCAGGCGCCUCUGUGAGCUCUGCUGUGCCAACCGGGGCACUUUCAUCAAGGUGGGCCAGCACCUGGGCGCUCUGGACUACCUGCUGCCCGAGGAGUACACCAGCACGCUGAAGGUGCUGCACAGCCAGGCUCCGCAGAGCAGCAUGCAGGAGGUCCGCCAGGUCAUCCGCGAGGACCUGGGCAAAGAGAUCCAUGAUUUGUUCGUGAGCUUUGAUGACACCCCCCUGGGGGCCGCCUCCCUGGCCCAGGUCCACAAGGCAGUGCUGCAUGAUGGCCGGACGGUGGCUGUGAAGGUCCAGCACCCAAAGGUACAGGCUCAGAGCUCGAAGGACAUUCUCCUGAUGGAGGUGCUCGUGCUAGCUGUGAAGCAGCUGUUUCCAGAGUUUGAGUUCAUGUGGCUGGUGGAUGAAGCCAAGAAGAACCUGCCUUUGGAGCUGGACUUCCUCAAUGAAGGGAGGAAUGCUGAGAGACUGGCCCAAAUGCUCAAGCACUUUGACUUCUUAAAGGUCCCUCGAAUCUACUGGGAGCUGUCCACCAAGCGGGUCCUUCUGAUGGAGUUUGUGGACGGCGGCCAGGUCAAUGACAGAGACUACAUGGAGAGGAACAAGAUUGAUGUCAACGAGAUCUCACGCCACCUGGGCAAGAUAUACAGCGAGAUGAUCUUCGUCAAUGGCUUUGUGCACUGCGACCCCCAUCCAGGGAAUGUGCUGGUGCGGAAGCACCCGGGCACGGGAAGGGCAGAGAUCGUCCUGUUAGACCACGGGCUCUACCAGGUGCUCACGGAGGAGUUUCGGCUGAAUUACUGCCACCUCUGGCAGUCACUGAUCUGGACUGACAUGAAGAGAGUAAGGAAGUACAGCGAGCGCCUGGGAGCCGGGGACCUCUACCCGCUAUUUGCCUGCAUGCUGACUGCCCGCUCUUGGGACUCAGUCAACAGGGGCAUCAGCCAGGCUCCGGUCACUGCCACUGAGGACUCAGAGAUCCGCAGCAACGCAGCCAACUACCUCCCCCAGAUCAGCCAGCUCCUCAACCAUGUGCCUCGCCAGAUGCUGCUCAUCUUCAAGACCAACGACUUGCUCCGUGGGAUUGAGGCUGCCCUGGGCACCCGGGCCAGUGCCAGCUCCUUCCUCAACAUGUCGCGGUGCUGCAUCAGAGCACUGGCGACGCACAAGAAGAAGAGUACAUGUUCGUCCUUCAGAAGGGCCCAGAUCUCUUUCAGUGAGGCCUUCAACUUAUGGCAGAUCAACCUUCAUGAACUGGUUCUGCGUGUGAAGGGGUUGAAGCUGGCCAGCUGGGUCUUGGCCUUGCUUGGCUGGCUGUUGCCCACUCCACACUGAGUGGACUUGCUGUCCCUUUUCCCAAUCCAGUGUGACUCUGUGGUGGGCAAGUGGACUUCUCACUCCUCACUCCUCUGUCCUGUCUCCACCCAGGUGCCCUGUUUCUGUCACAUGGUGGCCUGGGGCCCCAUGGUCAUAGUCAAUGGCACCGCUACACUCCACACGUCUGGAAUCCCUCUCCUGUGCCAUAGCUCUGGUCUCCCGGCCCACAAGCUGUCCCCUGCAAUAAGCUUCUCCCCUUAUCCAGGGAGAAAGCACAACAGUCUGUUUCCCACUCUAUGUGAGUGCCGUGGGGCUGGAUGUCACCCUACUUCCGGUAACGACUCCUGUUGUCAGGAUGGACCAUGAAUCCCACUGACUUACUACAUGAACUCCUACAUUUAACUUGUGGGCACUUUGAUUUUGUUGGAAGAGAGCACAGUUUCCGAUCUUCCUGGGAACAGAUUCCCUCUCCUUGUCCUGUCACUUCCCAGAGGUGUUGUACCUGAGCAAGGUGGCUCGGUGUCCGGGGCAUGAGUUCACUGCUGUCACGGUGACCGCUUUGGUGUUUUAUAUACUGUGGUUCAAUAAAAAUCCCUUCAGGGUUGCAGGGAAGGGCUUUGUUGGUGGGAUUUUUAUUCUAGGUUGGGGGUGAAUCUACACUGGCCGUUAGGUAAGGGUGGACCCAGGCACUGUGUGCCACUGUGUUCUGCUUGGCAUAUUGCCUCUGUUGUCCUUCCAGCCCCUCCCUGUGUGGCCAUUUCCUGCCCCAUGUAGGCUUUUCUUACCUUCUAAGACCCUGAUGUUUUAUUCAGAGGACUUAAGAAGCCCCAAGGCCAGGAACUCAGGGGCUCAGCUUUGUUUUCUCUGGCUUCUCCACCUGCUUUGUUCUACUAACUGCAUCCUGACUUAGCCCUUUGGCUCAUCAUUUGAUGCCCUCCAGCCUGAGGACUGUAGUGUAAACCCUAGUCACUGUGGCUAGAGUUUCAGCCUCCUUGUCUCUGGACUCAAGGCUUCCAUCUGUUGCCCACGGCCAGGGCUGCCCCGCCCCCACUCAGUCAUCUGCUCCUGUUUCUGGGCUGUCCCCAAAGUCCUGCUCUAACUCCAGGUCCCUGAGAGACCCCACAUUUGGCAAGUCCUACUAUUACCUGUGGGCACCUGUGCUCACUGACAGUAAUUGUGUUUGAGUCUCUCUGAUCUUACUUCGCCCAAUGCACAGGGGCAGAAAACCCCUGAAUUCAAGCCUCAUCUUCUCUUUAUUCAUAACACAACAGGCAGGUUUUCUGCUGACCAGAGAUGAUUUGCAAUCCUUUAUUUCCUGAAAGAAUUAAUUGUUCUUAGUGACCAGUUGGAUGCACCCAGGGACCUGAGAGAAUAAUUUGCAAGAUCUGUUAUUAAUCAUGAGGAUGCAUGCUGCAUAUUAUAUUUUAUGGUGUCUUUUAUAGCCACUGAAGUAAAUAUAAAUGUCCUUUUUGUUCAAGGUAA